AUGAUUUUAGUUGUUCUGCUGUUUGGAAUCUGUCAUGAAGAUAGCUUUGCACAGAAUGACACAACUACCGCUGAACCGUCGACGCUGACAACCGCUGUUCCUACUUCUACUGCAGGUCCCGAAGGCCACGUUGGUCAUUGGAACACAUCGUGUAUCAAACUUGACGCCGAAAUUAAACUCGUUUUCAAAUACAACACCUCUGAGAAUAAUGAACUGGAGACGAAGGUAGCGGUUCCGACGAGCGCGAUCGUCAGCGGUAAUUGUACUGAAGAUUAUGAUUCCAUAAUUUUUUCAUUCUUUGGCAACUGGUCUUUGCUGUUGUCAUUCAACCGCAACUCGUCGGUCAGCAGUGACGUAUUCAUGAACGAAGUUGUGAUUAAGUAUUUUACCAGCGAAAAGAACUUUCCCAAUAUCACUUCGGAUUUAGUGAACCGCCUCAUCACUGUCAGUGGUCCAAGUGAUCCACACACCUGGAAUCUUCACAUUAAGAAAGACCGUUCUUAUGAGUGCAAUGCCGAAUAUUCGUAUAAAGUGACCAGCGACUGCAGUUUGGCACUCAGUCAUCUGAGAGUGCAGGCGUUCAUGACGAAGGCCGAAUUUGACUACCCUGAUGUAUGCCUGGCCGAUACGAUGACCAGCGAUAUAGUACCAAUCGUCAUCGGUGCAGCACUGGCGAUCUUGGUAGUGGUCGUACUAAUCGCUUACCUGAUCGGACGGGUUCGAACGCGCCGCACAACCUACGAGAACAUUGAAUCAUAG